AUGGUUGAUGUAGACGUGCGAGCCCUCACCCAGCCUGUGGGGAUCAUGCGUAUAAUGGCAGCCAUCCUCACUUGUAUGUGUUUUAGCGUGGCAGCAACAGCAGGAUAUAGCUCAUCUUCCUACUGGGCAUGGUGCAUGUUCACUUGGUGCUUCUGCUUCUUCUUCAGCUGUCUCAUUGUCAUCCUGGAGUUCACCACUGUCAGCGCCAAAGUACCUUUUGCCUGGGAUGACUUCACUGCUGCCUUCGCAAUGCUGGCGUGCCUCAUGUGCCUGAUUGUCUCCAUCAUCUACCCCACCUUUUUCACCUGCAAGAGCUGCCACCGGGCCAUCGGCGCCUCUGUGGUUUCCUGGGUUUGUUUUGCCAUAUAUGCAGGUGAGGUGGUCUUAACACGCCUUCAUCCUCGCGGGGAAACCAGCGGGUUCCUCUCCACAGUGCCUGGGAUAAUGAAGAUGCUGGAGACCUUCAUUGCUUGUCUCAUCUUUGUGUCACUGGAGAGAGGCCAGUACACUGGUAAUUCAGGACUCCAGUGGUGUGUGGCUGUGUACUCCUUGUGUUUCAUCGUUUCCAUCAUUAUAAUCCUGCUGACCCUCGGACAGCUGACCUCUUUCUUUCCGUUGUCCUUUGACAAGCUGGUGAUUGUCUAUAACAUUUUGGCAGCAGUGAUGUACACAACAGCAAUGGUGAUCUGGCCACUGUAUAGCUUUGAUAAAAACAAAACAAGACCCUCUGACUGCGGCCACUUCUGCCCCUGGGAUAAACUGGUGGUGGUCACCUUCAUGACAAUCUUUAACUUUAUUGUUUACACCCUGGACACUAUUUACUCCAUACGUCUUGUGUUCUGUACCACCAGUCAGUGA